AUGGCGACGCGUUCGGCAACAGUGAGAUAUUCCUAUAAAGCAGCACAUGAGGAUGAACUUGAUCUGGAAGUAGACGAUGUUCUAGAUGUUCUAGAAGAAGCAGAAACAGGAUGGAUGAAAGGAAAGUUAAGAAAUACGGGUCGGAUUGGAUUAUUCCCUACUAAUUUCGUACAUUUCCUUGAUAAAACGAUGGGUAAUAGUGAUACUUUGAAAUCAAACGAUGAAAAGAAUUUUUCGGAUAAUAUUGCUUCCGGUGAUUUGUUGCCCCAAAUGCCUACCUCACGGUUAUCCAUAGUAAAUGAACCGUCGGAGAAUCGCGUAAAUUACCAUACAUCUGAUUCAACAACUCUAGGAAAAAAAGAACCGAAUGCGAAAGCACGCGUUCUAUUCACCUAUUCGCCAAAACAUGACGAUGAGCUUGCGCUUCGUGAAGUAGGCCAAAUAAUUGGGAUUGUGAGUAAAUCCAGUGAAGAUCCUGGAUGGUUGUUAGCUGAAAUUGACGGCAGACAAGGAUUGAUUCCAGAUAAUUUUGUUGAAAUUCUAAGGCCAGCAGUUUCUAUCAGUACUAUAAAUUCAGAAACGCAUAAGAUGUCUUUGCCGCCGAAUGUGCCAGCGAAACCAAUAUCAAAACCAGUGUCUUUAUCGUCUAGUGCUGGUCGGCGUGCUACAACUUCUUCGGUUUUCGCUCAAAUGCAUUCUAGUCUUGCCGAUGCUUUCACGAAACCACCGAAACAAUUUGCUGCUAGGGUUGUGAAAACGGAAGAAAGCUCAACCGGUGAAGGGCAGCCAGGUGAUCGUUUAUCUCACAUAACCGCAACUCGACCUAAACAGCCGAAUAAAAGACCUCCGUCCACCGUUCUCAGAACGAAAUCGAAUGAAGCUUCAGCUGACGAUGGCAUGGUGGUGGUAGAAUCUGGAAAAAUUUCCCCUACAACAUCAACUUCUUUAUCUAACAGUUGUACGCAACAGCCUUUAUCAAUAGUAUCUUCUAUAAAAUCGGCAAAAAUGCAGCAAGCAUUAUCACCGAGAAACAGUAGCAAUGAUAUAAGUGAUGAAUUUGUAUCGCGUAGUGAAUAUAAUCGUUUGGUUCAACAGUUCGAAGAAUUACUCACAACAAUGAAUAAAUUUCGGUUGGAAGUGUCGCAAAAAGUUUCAAUGCUGGAAGCUAAAAUUGCCAAACAGUGA